AUGGCCGACGUGGAGCACGCGAGGUUUCAAGAGGACCAGCCGUCGCCCCCGCGCGACAUCAAGCUCCAGAGCCGGAACUUCAUCAACCUCGCCGCUUAUGCCCUCAAUGUGGUCAUCACGUAUGUGUCGUUGACGGGCGUAUUCGGCGAGAACAAUUCGGACUUGAGCAAGAAGUAUCAGACCCUCGUGACACCCUCGGGUUGGGCGUUCAGCAUCUGGGGGCCAAUCUUCAUCUGGGAGGGCGUCUUUGUUGUGAUUCAGAUGUUCCCCCGCUUCGGAGGCAGCGAGGUCGUGCAGCUGGCGUCGCCCUGGUGGUGGGGCGCUUGCCUCUGCCAGUGCGUCUGGACGUUCGCCUUCGCGCAAGAGGUAAUCCCCCUGUCGCUGCUGAUGAUGCUCGGCAUCCUGGCAUGCCUGACUGGCCUCGUCGUGUGCACCGACGGUUUGCAGCUGACGUGGGCCGAGUACCUGGGCCUGCGCGCACCACUCUGCCUGCACCUCGGGUGGAUCAUCUGUGCCAGCGCGGUCAACGCCAACGUGCAGUUCGACGCGGCAAAGGCGUCCCCCGAGGUGCUCCUCGCCGUCGCCGUGCUGUCCUUCGCCGCCAUCGUUGCGGCCAACGUGGCCCUGGUGACCACCGCCGCGAACCCCGACGCGGUCACCUCCCUGGUGGCGGCCUGGGCUUUCGCGGCCGUGGCCGCGGAGCUCGGCGGCGGCGAGAACCUGCGCAGCCGGGAUCGCUACAACCCGCACGAGUGGCCCACCUUGGUGCUGGCCGGGCUCAGGGGCGCGGCGACGGGGGCCGCCCUGGGGGCCUCCGCGCUGGCCGCGGUCGCCGUCACCCUCUCUGCGCUGAAGGGCCG